AUGAAGCAAAGCUUUAGCUCAGGAGCUAUUGUCCUAUGCAUUUUCUUCAUCAUUUCUUCGUCAACAAUAAUAUCAGCUCGUCUCCUAGGCAACAAAGAAGGACAAGAGGAUCAGGUAGAGCUCAAUGCAAUCACUGAUGGGGGUUCACUUGUAGAGUUGGAAGGCAGUGAACAAAUGAAUCAGUUAAUUGGGGUGGAAGAUUGCACUGAUGGAGAUGAGGACUGUUUAAACAGAAGGAUAAUGGCUGAAGCUCACUUGGACUACAUCUACACCCAGCACCAUAAGCCUUGA